CCCAGCACCGCACCUUCGCUCCCUUCUUUUGACGUUGUGAGCCCGUAGGCACUGUUCAAGUCCCUCCUCAUUGUGUGUUCUUUCUCAAACCAUGCCAAAACGAAUCCAAUACCCGCCGUGAUAGUCAGAACGAUCCAGACGCACUUGAGGCUUUCCGUGAACCCCUGGACAAUUUGGCCCUGAGUCUCGGUGGGAAAGGUAGAGAUGAAGGAUGAUGAGGCAUGUUGAUAGGCUUGACCAUGUUCGAGCUGACUCCGAGCUUCGGAGGACUCAAUGUGGGGUAGGUAUUCUGUGAAUCGCGAAUUGAAUACAGCGCCCGGCAGAGCCACGCCGAACAAAGAACCAGUUCCCCUGAGGAACGCCCACGAGCCCGACGACUGGCCAGUGGAUGAGUCUGGCAAGGAUACCUGUACACCCGGUAGCAUGCUCGAUACCAGUAUCCCAGAGCCAGAAGCUACAAAGAGCUGGAAGAUCAACCAGCCUGGAAUGGGAGUCUCGCGGUUGAGCAGUACGCAAAGACCCAGACCGAAGAGCAUGCUACCAAAGCCAACGAUAUGGAAAGGUUUAUAUCGCCCGAAAAACGUCAGGAGGGGUCCGCCGAUAGCAGCUAGAACGACAAUGACAAGUGUGGUUGGAAGUACUUGGAGGCCCGAGAUAGCAGGUGUAGACUGUUUCACGGCUUGGAAGAAUGCUGGGAGGUAAAACUGGAAACCAUAUGUUACGAAGCCGUGAAGAGCGGUCAAGCAGAAGCUGAUAUUCGUCGUACGGUUGGAGAAUAUGUGCGGCGGCAUGAUGGGAUAUUUGCAGUACUCGGACCGCUGGAAAAAGGCGAAGGCGACGAGACCGACAGCGCCGAGGAGUAACGGAACUAUGACGGCUGGAUGCACGCAUGGGUAGGGAGCGUUGGUGAUGCUGAGUGACACCAAAAUCAUGAUGACACUGCUGGUGAGCAGCAACGUGCCCCACCCAUCCACUCUCCUGAGCUCUCUCUUCAGCUCAGCGCUUCCAAAUUCUAUCCCGCCCCCAACCUUCAAGAAGAAGUGAAUGCAUAGCAUCGCAACCACGCAGAUUGGAUCAUCUCCGAAAAAAGAUCUAUCCCUCCCGUGCCCAGUCCUUGUGUGAUUCUUCCGAGGAUCAGAACGGCUCCCGAGUGAGCUCCGCCAGAGAUGGCGCUCCCAAUCGCAAACACGAAAAUCGCCACCAUCAUUGGGGGUUUUCUUCCGCUCAGAUCGCCCAAUUGCCCGUAUAAGGGCUGGAACACGGUACUGGCCAGGAGAAAAGCCGUUGCUACCCAAGUGAAGCUCGUGCCGAGAUUGAGGGCUUGCGAAAUAGUGGGCAGAGCAGUGUUGACUACCGUGCCUUCGAGGGCAGAGAGCAGAAGUGGGAGGCAUAUCGCAACUAAUGACGGCCAGAACCCGGCUGUUCGUUUCCAUUUCUGGGUGGUGCGGGACGUGCUGGGAUCUGUUUCGUGCUUUUGUGCUUCGGCACAGGCUUUGGCACCUAGUGGAGGUGCUGGCGGAGAGCUGGAGCUUUCAAUUGAAGUGCGGGAAAAUGGAGCCGGUAGGGACUGUGGGCUUCUUUGUGAAGAAGUUUGGGCGAUGCGGAUAGACGACAUAUUGCUGUGUAUGUCGUGGUAACCCAAAGUCAGAUUGUUUUUUCCGUAAAGAAUGAGGAAGAUUAGCUCCGGAAACAAUGAGCGAGCACAUCUU